AUGGGCGGCUGUGAAAUGAGGAGCUUCUUUUGGAAAUUUAUUCUUGUCUUCCCUCUGCUGACUGUGGGCCCUGGGGGCUGCACUCAUGUCUCCAGCAAUCAAGUUAUAUUGCUUGAUACAACCACUGCAAUUGGAGAGCUAGGAUGGAAAACCUAUCCUCUAAAUGGGUGGGAUGCCAUAACAGAAAUGGAUGAAUAUAACCGCCCCAUUCAUACUUACCAGGUAUGUAAUGUUAUGGAACCCAACCAAAACAACUGGCUUCGUACAAAUUGGAUCUCUCGUGAUGCAGCCCAGAAAAUCUAUGUGGAAAUGAAGUUUACACUGAGGGACUGCAACAGCAUUCCUUGGGUACUGGGGACAUGCAAAGAAACAUUUAACCUCUACUACCUGGAAUCAGAUGAAUCGCAUGGAAUUAAAUUCAAGCCAAACCAGUACAAUAAAAUUGAUACAAUUGCAGCUGAUGAGAGUUUUACUCAAAUGGAUUUGGGUGACCGCAUCCUUAAACUGAACACAGAAGUUCGUGAGGUGGGACCAAUAAACAGGAAAGGAUUUUUUCUUGCUUUUCAAGACAUUGGCGCAUGCAUUGCUUUGGUCUCUGUCCGUGUUUACUACAAAAAGUGCCCUUUCACUGUUCGGAACUUGGCUAUGUUUCCUGAUACUAUUCCAAGGGUUGAUUCUUCCUCUUUAGUGGAAGUACGAGGUUCCUGUGUGAAGAGCGCUGAAGAGCGGGACACUCCAAAAUUAUAUUGUGGAGCAGAUGGGGAUUGGCUUGUGCCUCUAGGACGAUGCAUCUGCAGUGUUGGAUAUGAAGAAGUGGAAGGUUCCUGCCAUGCUUGCAGGUCAGGAUUCUAUAAAGCCUUUGCUGGGAAUAUCAAGUGUUCCAAGUGCCCUCCCCACAGUCAAACCUUUGUGGAAGCCACAUCUGUGUGUCAGUGUGAAAAGGGUUACUUUCGAGCUGAGAAGGAUCCACCAACCAUGGCAUGUACCCGGCCUCCUUCUGCUCCACGGAAUGUUAUUUUUAACAUAAAUGAAACAGCUCUCAUAUUAGAAUGGAGCCCCCCAAGUGACACAGGAGGGAGAAAGGACCUCACCUACAGUGUAAUUUGCAAGAAAUGUGGUUCUGAUGCCAGCCAGUGUGAGAUAUGUGGAGGAGGGAUUCGAUUCAUUCCAAGACAUAGUGGGCUAAUCAAUUCCUCAGUGACUGUGCUUGAUUUUAUAUCCCAUGUAAACUACACUUUUGAAAUAGAAGCCAUGAAUGGAGUCUCCGAAUUAAGUUUUUCACCCAAGCAGUUCACAGCUAUCACAAUUACUACAGACCAAGAUGCACCUUCUUUGAUAGGUAUGGUCAGGAAGGACUGGGCUUCACAAAACAGCAUUGCUCUCUCAUGGCAGGAGCCUGAUUUUCCUAAAGGAGCCAUUCUGGACUACGAGAUCAAGUACUAUGAGAAAGAGCACGAGCAGCUCAGCUAUUCCUCCACAAGGUCAAAGGCUCCAAGUGUUAUCGUCACCGGCCUCAAACCAGCCACCAAAUACAUAUUUCAUAUCAGAGUCAGGACUGCAACAGGAUACAGUGGCUAUAGCCAGAAGUUUGAAUUUGAGACUGGUGAUGAAACUUCAGAUAUAGCAGCCGAACAGGGACAGAUUCUGGUCAUUGCUACAGCUGCUGUUGGUGGAUUUACUCUCCUAGUCAUUCUCACUCUGUUCUUCCUAAUCACUGGAAGGUGCCAGUGGUAUAUAAAGGCAAAAAUGAAGUCUGAAGAAAAACGAAGAGCUCAUUUGCAAAAUGGGCAUUUACAAUUCCCAGGAACUAAAACAUACAUUGAUCCAGACACAUAUGAAGACCCAUCACUCGCUGUUCAUGAGUUUGCUAAGGAAAUAGAUCCAUCACGAAUUCGUAUUGAGAAAGUUAUUGGGGCAGGUGAAUUUGGAGAAGUGUGCAGUGGUCGCUUGAAAACACCUGGAAAAAGGGAGAUUCCUGUGGCCAUAAAAACUUUGAAAGGUGGAUAUGUGGAAAGACAGAGACGGGAUUUUUUAAGAGAAGCUAGUAUCAUGGGACAGUUUGACCACCCAAAUAUUAUCCGCCUUGAAGGAGUUGUUACAAAAAGAUCCUUCCCGACCAUUGGGGUGCAGUCUCUUUGCCCAAGAUUCCUGAGGGAAGGAUUUUUAAAUAACAUUCCAGCCCCACAUCCUCUGUCAAGGGGAGGAUCUUUACCCCCCAGGAUUUCUGCUGGCCGACCAGUAAUGAUUGUGGUUGAAUACAUGGAGAAUGGAUCCCUUGACUCCUUUCUACGGAAGCAUGAUGGCCACUUCACUGUCAUCCAGCUGGUUGGUAUGCUACGUGGAAUUGCUUCUGGCAUGAAAUACCUCUCGGAUAUGGGCUAUGUACAUCGAGACUUGGCAGCUCGGAAUAUUUUGGUCAACAGUAAUCUCAUGUGUAAAGUCUCUGAUUUUGGAUUAUCACGGGUAUUAGAGGAUGACCCUGAAGCAGCUUACACAACCAGUGGGGGGAAAAUUCCCAUAAGAUGGACAGCUCCCGAAGCUAUAGCCUACAGGAAGUUCUCUUCAGCAAGCGAUACAUGGAGUUAUGGGAUUGUCAUGUGGGAAGUGAUGUCAUAUGGAGAAAGACCAUACUGGGAGAUGUCCAACCAGGAUGUCAUUCUAUCUAUAGAAGAAGGUUACAGGCUUCCAGCUCCUAUGGGCUGCCCAGCUUCUCUCCACCAGCUAAUGCUUCAUUGUUGGCAAAAGGAGAGAAACCACCGCCCGAAGUUCAGUGACAUUGUCAACUUCCUGGACAAAUUGAUACGCAACCCCAGCUCUCUUCAUACUCUAGUGGAGGAUGUACUUGUAAUGCCAGAUUCGCCUGGUGAAGUUCCUGAAUACCCAUUCUAUGUAUCAGUCAGUGAUUGGCUGGACUCAAUAAAAAUGGGCCAAUACAAAACAAACUUCAUGGCAGCAGGGUAUACAAGUAUGGAUCUUGUUUCGAGAAUGAAUAUUGAUGACAUUAGAAGAAUUGGUGUUGUACUUAUUGGACACCAGAGACGAAUAGUGAGCAGUUUACAGACUUUGCGAUUGCACAUGAUGCACAUACAGGAGAAAGGAUUUCAUGUAUGA